GGCCACGAGGACGUGGGCGAAUGACAUGGAACAUCCUAUGAUUCUUUUGCAUCCCGUCACUAGGCCUGGUUUCUCCAUCGUUGAUAUUAAAAUGAUAGCCAAGGCAGGUUGAGUUUCAUGUCCCUCGUCACAUGUACAAUCCAGUGCCUUUCGCUGCACUCUGGGUGUAUUCCCAUUUGGUCUUCCUGGCUCGAGCUUUACCCUCUCCUAGGCAAAGCGAUGACCUAGUCGGGUAUUUCUUUGUGCACUUCUAUGACCGUGAGGCAUCAAUAUUCGCACACCUCAGUAACGGAAACAACCCACUCUCCUACCAGACUCUCAACAGCGACAAUGCUAUCCUUGUCCCGACCAGUGGGACAGGUGGUGUUCAGGAUCCGUUCCUCAUCAGCAGUCCCGAUAAGUCCAAAUUCUGGAUCAUUGGCACAGAUCUGCUCAUUGAUAACACCAACUGGGAUGCUGCUACACGAACGGGCAGCUGGAGUUUGUAUGUGUGGGAAAGCGAGUGUUACGGUUUAUUCAUUUUUCUUCGUUUUACUCAGCAUGAUUACUCAUAUGCGAUCCCGACGGAUCAUUUCCCACAGUACUAUUAUUAGCGUAUCCAUUUGUAUUUAAGUAGAGCCUCAGCUGGGCUGAACCCCAGCU